UUCAAUAUUUGCAGAAGAAAGUGCCAGCACUCCCACAGAAGGUGAGGAACGGGGUGGGGACCCAUCCUCUGGCCCUGAGCCCAGCUGCUGACACAUGGGUGACACUCAGGAAGGGUUUGCUGUGCUGCCACUGCCUCAGCAGGUGUGGGGAGAGAAGAGAAAGAGAACAGGAGCUGCUCAAGUGCGAGGAUUGGAAGGAUCAUUAGUUUACAAUCUUCUUUUCAACGCUGACAAAAUGGGAAUCAGCAAAUUACAGGGACUGGCUAUUCUGAUGACAGCAGGAAUCUCUGGCGCAAUCUGGUACCACUACCCUUUCUCCUCAGCCAAAGAUGAGGAGCCCACAGCAUCCUCUGAAGAGGACACAGCGCUCAGAAAAAGUGACUUAAAUGAAGCAUCUCCAAUGCUCCCAUGGAGGCAGGACGUACCCGUGUUGACRCCGUGGCUGGCUCCAAUUGUCUGGGAAGGCACUUUCAGCAGAGACAUCCUAAAUGCUCAAUAUGUGCAGAGGAAYUUGGUCACCGGAGUGGUCACUUUCGCUGUCGAAAAAUGUGUCCAGUUCAUAGAAGGGUUCAUGAGAUCUGCCAACCAGUACUUCCUUGCUGGGCACCCAGUGAAUUUCUACUUGUUCACAGACAAUCCUGAGAAGAUCCCUCCCCUGCAGAUGGCCCCUGAGAAGCGCCUGUUGGUCAUCCCUGUCCAGAAUGACCCGAGGUGGCCGGAUAUCUCCACGAGCCACAUGGAUAUCAUCAGCGCUUACAUCCACAGCCACUUCCAGCACGAGGUUGACUACCUGUACUCCAUAGACAUCAACUCCCAGCUGCUGGCACCCAUUGGGGUGGAGAUCAUCGAUGCACUGGUGGCAACCAUCAGCUCCUGGCACYUGACCCCGUGGUACAGGCACAAAUCCUACGAGCGGCGCCCCGCGUCGCGCGCCGCCAUCCCCGAGGGACACGGCGACUUCUACUACACCGCCAGCUUCUACGGGGGCAGCGUGGCUGAGCUCUACAAACUGACCAGAGCCUGCUCUGAAGGGCUCAGGGCWGACAGAGAAAAGGGCAUUGARGCYCGSUGGCAUGAGGAGAGUCACCUCAACAGGUACCUGGUGCAGCACAAGCCCACGCGCCUGCUGUCCCCCGAGUACUACUGGGACGCGGAGCUGAGCGCGCCCCGYGCCAUCCGGGUCAAGAGGAUGUGCUCCGUGCACAGGGAGAGCUCCAGGUGAGCUCCUGGCACAAAGAAUGACAAUUUUUUCCUCUUCACAGCCCCACCAAGCUGAGCGUGUGGGGCAGAGCAGGUUUCCCUCUGUUUGGAGGGCUGCACACRUUUUCUGCGCUGAGUCCUUAGCUGGUGUCAGAGACUGCUAAACCCAGAAUUUUUUUCUGUAAGCAACCUUUAUUCCAACGUAUUGCUUUUCAACAGCUCUUUCAUCUGCAUGUUUACAAGCACAGGCUGCUCACCAUCCUGAGAACAUCUCAAAUUGACAAGGAUGUGUAUGACACUCAAAAUGACAGUAUUUAGGAUCUGGAUUUAGGCAUCCGGAUAAAGCCACUUUGYAAAUUUACAGAUGGUCCCCACAGAUCAGGUUGUGCAAUUAUAUUUGUCUUCUGCUGUGUUAUAUGAUUUGCUGAAAAGAUGAAGUCCUAACAAUAUGAUAAUUUAAGAAUUUGAAUGAUAUAUUACUAGCUUCACUUUAAACUCAACUAUUUUAAUGAUCGUUUUCAAACCCAUCUGAUGGAUGAUAGCUCAUUUACACAUGAGUGAACCAGGCUGUGCAGAAGGUUGAAGUGGAUGGGAUUAUCUCUCAUUUGUCUAGGUUAUAUAUUUUCAUAAUAUCUGUUAUGAAUGUGUUGCUCUUUGCUCCAUAAAUCUUGUUUGGUAUUUUAACAGUGUCAUCUCUUUUAUUGAAGUUGCAUUCCUUAAGAGUGGUUUCCCASAUCUGAAAAUAGAACAAGAAGAUAACACCAUGCUCAAACCUGAUUUGUCCAAAAACUGGGCAGUAAAAAGUUGCUGGAAAAGGGCCCGACAAGAGGRAUGUGACAAUGAAGAGUUUUCA